UCUUAUUUCAUUGAUACAGUUACCAUUGAAAUGCUGCAAUCGGCUGUGGAUUACAUGUAUUUACUUAGCUAGUAGAGGCGGCGAGAAUUGCAGCUUUCUGACGCAUUCUUUGCUGGACAUGUUAUACAAAUGAUUAAAGGUUUGACAAUUUAUUGACAAUAUUCUACCAUCAAUAGCAGCUGCCUGGUGAAUAUGUCAGAAAAAUCUGCGCUUCUCCUCAAAUGAUUUUCCCCCAGGAGUACACAUUAUUAUUAUACGGAAAUCUCUAAGUACUUUUAGAUAUUGUGCUUUAUUCAAGAGACGUAUACAUGGAUUAAAAAGUAAUGGUUCAAGACUAAUCCGAAGUAAGUUCAGAGAAAUACAAAUGGUAGAUUCCUGGAGAAAACUUAACCGCCUCCCUUGUGACGUCACCAGUGUAUAACGCGUAUAUAUAACGGCAGAUACCGGAGGCUGAUAAACUGAGUUUAUUGUAUUGGAAAUGAAAAGCUUAAGAUGAUAUUGGUUUUUGAGAACUGCCAAUUAACGGACUGAAUCCUAUUUCUUUAGAUGGUAAACAGAGAAGGGGCUAUCAGACAAAUUCAGGACCAUUCAAUUUACGAACUAAUUUAAUAAUAGGCUAAAAACUUUAUUGCCUUCAUUUUCUGGUCGCUGAUAUUCUUCAAAGGUUAUAAUGGAAUUCGAGAAUCUGUCAAUGACUACAACGGCAUUAGACAGUUUUGUCAAUGAUAGCAUAUACCCCCGCUUUAAUGGAACUACGAUGUCCUCUGGUUUUGACAAAGAUGGGUAUAUACGGAUUUCGUUAUACAGUAUUAUUUUCAUAUCGAGUGUACUUGGAAAUGGACUGGUGAUACUAACUCUGGUGCAGAACCACAGGAUGAGAACAGUCACCAAUGUGUUUCUUUUGAACCUAAGCGUUAGUGACUUACUUCUGGCAGUUUUCUGUAUGCCGUUCACAAUCAUUCCACAACUAAUGAGAAAAUUCAUUUUUGGCGAAAUCAUGUGCAUUACCAUUCGAUAUUUUCAAGCUGUCUCUGUGGGUGUGAGUUGUUUUACUAUCGUCACGAUUUCUCUGGAAAGAUACUUCGCCAUUGUUGAACCACUCCGAUCUCGUCGUUGGCAGACUCGAUCCCACUCCUAUAAGUGCAUUCUUGGAAUAUGGCUUCUGGCCUUGACCUUGAUGAUACCAAUUGCCGCCUCACAGAAACUUAUACAAAUUGGAAACAAAGACCGCCAUGCUUGUCGCGAAAUUUGGCCAAAACAUAUGAGGACUAUUGAAAUUGUGUACGGUGUUUCCUUAUGUGCGAUCUUGUUUAUCAUCCCUUUAUUCAUUAUGGCGCUGGUUUAUGGAAGAAUUGCAUUUAGAUUGUGGGCAGAUAUCACUCAACAGGUCAAUGACAAUGCAGACGGGACUGGUACGUCCAAGAAAGACGCGGAUAACUCAUCGGUGUCCUUGCCUCUUCGAGGAAAUCAACAGAAAAAUGGUGACCACGUAAGCUUACGUCAUUCUAAUCUACGUCACAGUAUAUCAAGCAGACGACGAGUCAUUAAAAUGUUGGUUGUGAUUGUGCUCGAGUAUUUUAUCUGUUGGACACCGCUGUACGUCUGCAGCACUUGGAAGAUCAUUCACUACGAAUCCAUUCACAGUCGCGUGUCGAAUCUUGCCUGGUCGCUGAUGCUUCUUCUGGCCUAUGUGUCCUCGUUUGUUCAUCCUGUAACCUAUUGUUUUAUGAACAAGAACUUCAGGAAAGGAUUUGUAUCAGUUUUCAAGUGUUUUUUACAGAACCGUCUAACGACCAACACUGAGAUGAGUAACUUGACAGCCACUUCGUCCCCCACCGUUCGAUUCCACUCAACGGAGUACACAAAAGUUCAGUCUAUAGACUAGUGUCAUCAUUAUGAUAAAAAAAAAUCCUGUCUACAGACAAUAGAGCGUCCAUUCUAUAUAUUACUAGAUAUCAUCAUCGAAUUUAUCCUGGGUCAAGACUGUAAUGAUAACUGAAAAUCUACUUAAAACUAAAAUAGAGCAAGUAGUUAGAUAAAGAGAUGAAAAUUGACAAGAGUAGUCAGUAAUUUUUUUUUGACAAGUACAGUUGUUAUCGACCGUCGUUUAGAAACGAACUUUACUGAUUAAUGGCUUUUCUAAACAUUAAAUUGUAAGGAAAAGGAUAUAUUUUCUAAAAAUAGCCUGAAAAAAUAAGAAAAUUGAACAGUGUAUGGUUAAACAAAGCUGCACAUGUACCAAAACCAAGAAGGGCUGAUGCAAAGGUUCGGUGUCUGUGUAUUAUCUUCCCCCAAAUUACUACAUCUCCAACAACUGAGGAGCACACAUGGACAAAAUUUGCUUAUGUUUUAUCGAUGUUUUGAUUCGACACUAUUAUUUUGCAGACUACUAAAAAGAAAUUUUGUGAAAUUAUUUCCAUACGCAAACCUUUUUAACAAGUUUUGUCUAUGGUAAAGUCAACUGCAACUAAAAGUAGAAUUUCAUGGAAAUUCCUUCUCAUUCUGCAGUUUUGAUAGAAAUUUGGCAUUCAAGAGAAUUUAUCUCGUCUCGUAACAUCCAUUUAAAAAAAGAGUCAAGAUGGCAGGAAAGUAGCUGUAGUCACAUGUAUUAGCUCGCCGUUUGGAAAAUAAUAAGAUGGACGACCAGAGACAUGAUGUAGAGCAAAACCAUUUGAUAAACAAGAAGCCAAUGGGCCACAUCGCUCAUCUGAGAACAAUGGCAGGAAAAAGUGCAUAUCAGUUCAGUAUUGAGAA